AUGGGAAGGCCACGUAUUAGGUUGCACGGUUUGUGCAUUGGUCACGCCAUGCCUCGUGUUCGUGCCUGUUCUUUAUUAUCUUCUUUUCGAUCCAAGACCUCUUCCUCUGCUUCUAUCAAAUAUGCUAACAGAACUGAGUUUUCAAGCAACGGUGGCCAUGAUACUGGUAGAGGCAAGCCUGAUAAGGGGGCUGAAACUGGUAAUAAGAUAAUGGUUGUUGUGGAUUCUAGCUUUGAAGCUAAAGGGGCGCUUGAUUGGGCACUCUCACACACCGUUCAGAGCCAAGACACUGUUGUUCUUGUUCAUGUAGCCAAACCCAUCAGGGAAGGUGCAGAGAGAGCUACUAAAUUUAAUGUGAAGGCGUAUCAACUUCUCCUUGAUAUGAAAAGUAUGUGCGAAACGAAGAGACCCGGGGUGAAAGUGAAUGUAGUAAUGGUUGAAGGAGAAGAAAAGGGUGCUGCUCUAGUGGAAGAAGCAAAGCAACAGAGGGUGUCAUUGUUGGUUGUGGGACAAAGAAAGCGAUCCACGUUGUGGUGCUUAACGAGGAGGUGGUGGGUACGAAAGGGAACAAGAGCUGGAGUUGUUCAGUAUUGUAUACAGAACUCGCCUUGCAUGACCAUUGCGGUUAGGAGGAAGAAUAAGAAACUCGGAGGCUAUUUGAUUACUACCAAACGCCAUAAAAAUUUUUGGCUCUUGGCUUAG